GUCUGGACAACAGGUAAACUGUCGCCUGAAACAUGGCGGAGCUGCUGAAGAUAAAACGUGAAGUUGAAGAGUUCAAAAAGGAAUACUUCGACAGAAACAGCCAAGCUGAGGAGAGCAGACAGAGGGAAAACCAGGCCGCCCUCCGGAUCCAGAGCUGGUUCAGAGCCUGCAAGGUGCGCGCUUACCUCAGCCAUCUGCACAAGAAGGCAAUCAUUAUACAGAAGAUGUGGCGGGGCUUCACAGCAAGGGCACGUUUCAGACAAAUGGUGAAGGCGGCAUAUUUUAUCAUGAAGAUGAAUUUCUACGAGGAGAUGGCGGUCAGGAUCCAGCGGAGAUGGAGAGGAUUCUUUGUGAGGAAAUAUAUUCAUAACUUCUACGCACGCAAGAGAUACCUGGAAGGACUUUCCAGGAAAAACGAACUUGUCAGGAGGGAGCUGGAUGAACUUGAGGAACUCCAGUCGAGAGAGAGAGACUGCCUGGAGAUGGUGAAAGAGCAGAAAGCAAAGGUCUACCAAGCUCACCGGUUACACCACCUCCUCAGUACCAAGCAGUGCCCUGGGGUCUUCAACUCUCCGUUUAGACUGGUCCCCCAUGAGAUGGAACUACUGCUGAGGCAGGUCAAGUACCAGACCCCCACCAGGCUGGCCCCCAGUGGCAAGUCUUGUCUCUUGGGUGUACCUGGCCCAGCAGACCUGAGUUACCCAGGGACUCUCGGAUCUCCUUUGAAGAAAACCACCAGAACCUGCUUCUCACCCAGGCCCGUACUGCCUCCCAUUGCCAGCAAGAAACAGCAGGGUAUGUUCAGAGAGCCAGGGGAAGCGUGGGUGCAGCGGGUGCAUUGUCCUGACCUGACGUUACGUCUGCAGACUUCUUACACACACCUUGAGGAGGCCCAGAGUCAGCUUCGACAACACAAGUCUAUGACAUUCCCCUCUGGCAGAAUAGGAACAGGAAGUAGACUCCACCAUCUGAGCCACAACAGCAAAUCCUUUCCUCAGCCAGCCUGUGGAAACAGAGUCAGCUUGUAGAUCACACUCUGACUCCAAGAAUAGCCGGUGAAGACAGUGUUUGCCACCUACAGUGUCUCUGAUAAGUCUGCUCAUCUGUUCUCCAAGGCGGGCCGCUUUUUUUGACACACCUCCUUCUGGCCUGUGAAGAUUAAGAGAAGUACAAAUAAAAUAUUGCUUAUUAUAUUUUUUUAUACUGUGUUUUAUGUGUUCAUGUGAACAGUUUCUCACUUUCGAGUCUUUAAGUUCAGUGUUGUCAGCCUUGUCAGAGUUCACCUCCUGAACUUUUUCUCAAAGGCAAAACUUUUCAGGAUUCUGCUUCCUAAUAUGUUAGUUAUAUGUCCAUAAUGUUUUUGAAAUACAGUCACUGAAUGGGAAGGUGCAACAAAAGGGUAAUCUGGUUACGCAUCUAUAAGAGAAAGCACAUGCACGUGUAGACAAUGAUAAAGCCAGCAGACGACAAUAUACAAAAAUGUUGUCUUAACAGCUCUGAACUGUUAAAAAGACUUGUAUACUGUAUAUAUGCAUCAGAGAGACACUCAUAUUAUUUGCAAUAGCAGAAAUCCAGUGUCCUAACCAGUAAUAAAAUCACAAAAAACUUAAACCAGCGGCAUUGCUACAUGCCAUAUUUGGUGAUUUCACAACCAUUAAUUGAUUAAAGCAAGACAAAAUAAAUGUCAAAAAUGUCAUAUUAUACUAUUUGGCCAAUCUGAGAAAGAAGGUGUAAUAUUUGUGAGUAUAUGAUACAUAAUGCCUGGUUUUCUAUCAUGUUUUUGAAAC